ACAGACUUUGAACAUUUUGUAAUAAAUUCGCAGUCGUUGUACAUAGUUGCCAUUUUCGCACUGAUUCCCUUAAUUUGCCUAAGAUAACGUUAUGAACUCAUAAUAAAUAUUAACUCCCUGCUGCUCGCAAUAAAAAAUCGGUCUCUGCCGAGCGCUUAAAAGUCGCUAGCAUUCAGUCAUAACAGUUGGACCUAAAACAUGAGCAUGUGCAUCAAAGGGUCUUUUGGUUUCCUACUCGUAGCUCUGAUUCUCGAAUGUGCCAAUGCGCAUACGUGUCCGUUGCCGUUUAGUCUAGUCGGAAACAAGUGCUACCACGUAUCCUUGCAGGAGACCAACUGGCAUGUUGCCGAUCGAAGCUGUCGAAAACUUGGUGCCGAACUAAUGGUGCUCGACAAUCAAGAGGACAAACUCCUUACAACCAACUUCCUAAAGAGUAUGGGGCUAUCCUUCACCCAAAGCUGGCAUCAUUCCGUUUGGGCUGGCAUCAAUUGCUUGGGUAACCGGCGCACCUUUCUACUCGCCAGGAACGGCGAAACUGUGCCGUACCUUAAUUGGGUACCACGGGAACCGAACAACGCUUCUCCCGAAGAGGAUUGUGUUGGAUUCGCCAAUUACAAUGGAGCCUUUGGGUACCACGAUAUAGAGUGCAAGGUUCAGUUUCCAUUUGUGUGCCAGAGGACACCAGCGGAGGAAUACCUCUGCCUUAAGCGGGAUAUCUUCGUAGAGGUCCUUUUGUAGUGCUUUUCAACUCAAGUUAUCAUGAACUUAUGAAACCUUGCAAAUAAAUAAAUAACAAUCUUACCUACGAA